UGGAGAUGGACACUAGUAUUAGAGCAAUGGUUAGCGUUGCUGGAACGGUUCUUGCCGUGCUUGCAGUGCUGCUUGUGCUAGCACAAGCUGGUGGUGCGACCAUGGCGGCCGCCGCCGCCGGCGGCCUCUCCGGCGACUACUACCAGCGGUCGUGCCCCCAGCUGGAGCUCGUCGUCGAGACGGCCCUCGCGCCGGUGUUCGCCGUCGACCAGACCUCGCCGGCCGCCCUCCUCCGCCUGCUCUUCCACGACUGCCAAGUACAGGGAUGCGACGGCUCCAUACUGCUCAAGUCCGACGAGCGGCGGAACAUCACGUCGGAGCUGGGCUCCGACAAGAACUUCGGCAUCCGUGAGGUCACCACCAUCAGCCUCGUGAAGGCGGCCGUCGAGCGCGCCUGCCCCGGGCAGGUGUCGUGCGCCGACAUCGUCGUCCUGGCGGCCAGGGCGGCCGUGGCGCACACCGGCGGCCCCCGCCUCCGCGGCGUGCCCCUCGGCCGGAGGGACGCCACGGCGGCGAGCCGUCAGAACGCCGACGCCAUGCUCCCGGACAGCUUCCUCAGCAUCGACGGCGCGCUUGCCAUGUUCCAGAGCAAGGGCAUGACCGUCGAGGAGACCGUCGCCAUCCUCGGCAGCCACACGCUCGGCGGCGGCCACUGCGUCAACGUCGACACGCGCCGGGGCCGGCGCAGCGACGUGGCGUUCGAGGCGGCGCUGCGCCUGGCGUGCCCCUCCGCCGCGGCGCCCGUCCCCGUCCUCAGCGACGCCACGCCGAGCUGGUUCGACAACCUCUACUACUGGAACGCGGCGGCCGGGCGCGGCAUCUUCGUCGUCGACUCCGACGAGGCCGCGGACGCGCGCACGGCGGGCUACGUGCGGCGGUUCGCGGCGGACAGGCGCCGCUUCUUCCAGGCCUUCUCGUCGGCGUUCGUGAAGCUGGCCAUGACCGGGGUGCUCACCGGAGAGGAAGGGGAGAUCAGGAAGCACUGCGACGUCGUCAACAAUUGAAGAUGUGAUCUUAAAAAAUAGGAGAAAUUUUACUCAAAAAUCCACCAAAUUUUAAACGAAUUUUACACCAUGAAACUGGUAUCUCGUGUAAAAUAACUCUAAAGAUGAUUGUGACGACAGGUCCGCUGAUUGGAGAAAAUAAAAUUAAAUGAAAUGGAAUAGUGAUGUUUUACUUUGUCAACAAUGGAAUUUAUAUGUUUUUAGAU